AUGGAAAACGAAAUAAGUCAAGGAAAUUUUCAAGAAAUAGUAGUAGUAGGGAGCUCAAAGGAAAAAUCAGAAGAAAAUGGCAUAAUAUGUGUCUAUGAUCUCCAUACGGGAUCACAAAUAAUGAAAUUUAAAGAGAACAACAGUUCUUUAAAAGGAAUAUCGGUUACAGAAAACUAUAUUUUUUCAAAUCAGGAAGAAAGACCCACUAUUCAUGUAUAUUCAUGGCAGAAGGAAAGUAUUUGCCAAAAAAUGUAUAUUCCAGAAGCAUUAUCUGUAUUUGUAGUAUCUCAUGAUGCUUUCUGGGCCAUUGGUGGCACAAUAGAAGGAAGAAUGUAUAUUUGGCAGAUUUUAUCUGGAAAUUUAGUAUUUGUUCAUAAUGCACAUUAUCAAAGGAUAACUGCAAUUACGUUUACUAUGGAUGAUAUGUUUUUUUUAACAGGAUCUGAAGAUAGUAGUUUAUGUUUAUGGAGAUUAUCAGAUAUUGUCGAUUUACAAGCUCAAAAAGAUAAAGUCCAAGCAGUAAAAACAUGGAAUGUUCAUCGUUUAUCAGUAACAGACAUUGUUUGUGGGUUUGGAAGUGGUAGCAUGGCAAGAUUUUUUACAUCUUCUCUCGACAAUACAGUCAAUGUAUGGGACUUGGGAACACAAAGUCUUCUUACAACAUUUUUACUUGAAAAUCCAAUAACAUGUAUUGCAGUAGAUCCUGCAGAAAGAGCAUUUUAUGCAGGCAGCAAUCAAGGUAAUGUCUAUCUUGUUGAUUUAUAUGGUUCUUCAGAAGAAAAAUUUCUAGAAUCUUUUUAUAAAGCAAUAGGAGGAUCAGAAAAAACUGUUCAAGGCAUUAAAGACGAAUCAUAUACAUUUAAAGGGCAUGAAAGCGCCAUUUUAUGUAUAGCAUUAUCUUUUGAUGGAUCUCUUUUAAUAACAGGAUCAAAAGAUAAGAAUAUAUUUAUAUGGGAUAUCGCAGCUCGCCAAAUGAUUCAAACAUUCAAAAAAUACGAUGGAUCAAUAACGUCUAUUUGUUGUAAAGUUGUUAACCAAGGUUUCUUUGCGCAUAAAAUGGCUCUAGAAAAUAUUCCAUCUUUUAAGAAAGUGAAAAAGAUCAAUGAUAUGGAUGAUUAUUAUAUUUUAAAAAAGUUAGAAGGUUUUACUAAAUCAAAAGACGAAUUAUGGUACGAAGAUGAUUUGACAUCAAUGAAAAAUGAUUUAAAUGAAUUUAUGUCUAUUACAUCUGAACCAGCAUUGCAACUACAAAUCAAAAAUUUACAGGAUGAAUUACAAAAAUUAUAUGGGUAUUAUUCUGAAUUAAAAGACGUUCAUCAAGAGUUAUGGACAGCAUAUACAGAAAGCAAAAAAAUCAAUGAAAAUCAAAAUUAA